AUGGGUGUUUCAGAUAAAUUUAUAGGUUUUGUUAUGCUUUUAUUCAGUAUUUUUGUUUUUGCAUAUUAUACUAUGUGGGUUAUUGUUACACCAUUCAUUGUCAGCGAUCAUUGGAUUCAACAAUACUUUUUACCAAGAGAAUAUGGUAUUAUUAUUCCAUUAGUUUUAGUAGUUGUUGGUAUUACUGCAAUUGGAACAUUUUUAGGUCUUGUUAUGAUUAAAUCAAAGAAAAAUAAAUAA